AUGUCACUCAAGACAUUGUUGGCCUUGGGCACGGCUUUUGCGAGCAUUGCCGUGGCCGAUGCAACAGCAAUCUCUCAAGAUAAAUCAUCAUCGCCUUGUUCACUGGUGCCAACAUGCUAUAAAUCAUUUUCCUCUUGUGUGUCCCAUGCGACUUGUACUCUACCAGUGUCAUGCUCCGUCCCGUCUUCCUGUUCGUCAUCGGUCCCAGUGACAUCGGGAAGCUCUAAAUUGGUCGUUGCACUCUCAGGGCCUGUUGUAUAUACCUCGCCGACUGUUACAGCCAACACGCCUCCAUAUGCUCCGGCUGCCUCCAAUGCUCCAGCUAGCUCCAAGACAUCCAAGACCAUCAAUAGAAAUUCAUUGAGGGUUUCCUCAUCCCAGCCGCCGGUGUCUUCGAAGACUUCUAGUGUCCCUAAGACGUCUUCAUCCAACGCCUCUGAGAAUUAUCAACCAUCUAGUGGCGCUGAUCAGUCUCAUUCGAUUGUCUCUACUUCCCGAACUUCAGAAAAGACGUCUACAAAGGGCCUAGGUCCUAAUACUUCACCAGGAAAUUCCAAAAGCAAAGGACCCGGCACCAAUACGUCGUCCAGUUCCUCUGCCAGUGGCAAUAGAUCACAGAGCGAUUCUGACAUAGCUGUGCAAUCAAUUGGUACGCCUCCAUCAUCGCCUUUGGAUCAUAUAGCCUCUGUUGCUUCUGGAUCCGUUGUAUCUACUCGCCUGUCCACCUCAGUCUUCACUACCAGUGAACGUGGCUCGCUCAAAACCGAGACAAUAGCAGGUGCUAUAACCUCGUACAGUGUACCGUCCUCAACGCUUACCGAAGAUGCCGCGAUUAUUACAACUAGCAUCUCAGGUUCGAUAGUCACAACCGACGUCUUGAUCGGGACUAUAGAUCCAAGUGGUAGUGAAGCUUCCAGCAGUGCCAAAUCCUACUCGACACAGGUUGGAGCUCUUGUGCCUCUCAUCAACUCUUGGGUCAAGCACCCUAAAGCCCCAGAAGCAACUGCUGCACUCAAUGCAAUUAAAAAGACAACACCUAAUGGAAUUAACCUUGGCAAAAGCCUAGGUGGGUCCUCCAGCGGGGGCUGCAGCAAUAAGAAACGCCGUGACAUCAAGGGCCGAGGUUUGUUUGGAUCUCUCUUUGAUACAGUCAAGAGCAUAACAUGCGGCGCUCAAAAUAUUGAAGACAGAAUUUCGAAGUCUAUUGAGUCUGAUCAUCCGGAGGACUUUGUCAAAGAUGUUGAAAAUCAACUCAAAGAUAAUCUGAGACCAGAUUUGGACUCACUUCACGAUAUUAUUCCGAAAGAAGCAAACAACAACCCUGAUUCCGACCCAUCAACAUCCCCAUCUGACACAAGUUCCUCUUCGGAAACAUCCUCAGAGACAUCCUCAGAGACAUCCUCAGAGACUUCUUCAGAAACAUCAUAUACAAGCCCAGAAACUUCAAGCUCAACAAGCAGUCCCUCUAAGACUCUUGAAUACUGUUCUCCGAAAUGUUCCGCAUGCUCGAAUAACAACGUGCUUCCUGCUGGACUGAGGGGCGCGAAAACAGGAUCUUCAGAGUCUAAGAGAGCCUUAAUUGAGUCAAAUUAUCCAGGGCUCCUUGAUUGGAAUUCGACUCUGAUCAAGCGGCAAUUCGGGUUGCCAACAAACAAUGUAAGGAACUCGACUUUCAUGAAGCGAGUAUUCACCGAGCCGUUACACAGUAGCUGGGUAAAGUGGUUCCAAGACUUGACAAAGGAUUCUUUCAAGCUUCCUCAGGGCGACGGGAAUACUAUUUCAACAGCACUGAUGAUAAAAUUCGAAGAUCAACCCAAGGACUACGCGCUACUCGAUCUUUAUGGGUGUACAUCGGUCAUUUUGAUGUCAAAGUACGGCUUGUAUAUGUCACACUUCUGGGAAGCACCAUCCUUCGUGGAGCCUGCGUCAUACGAUAUAUUUGGUAACUAUAUAUCUCCACAAGGUGUCAGUAGUCGCUUUCAAAAAGAUGUGCUCAACCGCCUAGAAAAGGGUCUUGUGAUGGGUAUGUGGGGAAACAUACCUAUCAAUGGAAUUAAGAAUGAGAUUUUCACGAAGAGCGAUGCCCAGACACAAGCCAUAAUUGUCACGCCUUCUGAUGUUGAUCCUCUUGAGGGUUAUGGUCCUCCAGUAUGGCCCGAAGAAGCAAGACAACAGGAGAACGUCAGGCGAGCCCGUAAUGGACAGCAUCAACUACCAGCUGCCUCGCUGAAAUAUCCUGAUCAGGUCGGUCAAAUUGCCGACAAAAUUCGUGACUUGAUCGGGGGCAGCCUGGCGGACGGCGUGAGGAUCCGCUCAUAUACCAAUGCUGGAACGGCCGAUAUGGCGAAUGGGGGUGCGGAAAUGGUGAUAGACGCGGAUAAUAACUUUUGCUGGGGCAAAGUCCUCGUUCAGUAUGACAACAACUUCAGGAAAGAGGAAGAUAAUGACGAGUGCGAAAUUCAGUACGCUGGAGCCAAGGCGUAUCUCGGAGAUAAUGUCUUUGAACCCAUCUUGGAGGCUGAAUGGCCAGCUAUGUUAAUGACUGAGUUCAAUCCUGCGCCAGGAGAUCAGGAUCAGGUCAUGAACUCCCCAUCUGAUGAAAGCUCCUCUGGCGAUGAUGCGAAGCACUCUUUGUCCCACAGGAUCAUGAAACCCACCGACAAAGCCUGCAGUGAUAUCAAGACGUUCCCCAUGACCAGCUUCCUCCAUGUGCAAUCAACGGCAGCUGUGACCUCUGCUCCUAAAAUGAGCACCAGCAGUACAACUGCCUCUGCUUCCUGUGAUACAGAGGAGUAUGCUGGAGCACAUACAACACAGACCCUCUGCGUCUGCUCGGGAGGUCCUGACGAUGACCCGGUUGUGAGCUUGUAUUCGACUCCGACCAGAGGCCCCAAGUGUACUGACUUGAGGACUUUCCCGACCUCCGGUCUGAUCCAUAAGCCUGACGGGCCUGCUGACCCUCAGAUUUGCAACAAUCCUGGUCCUUCCGACGAUCACGAACGCGGUUAUUGCAAAUGUGAAAAGGAUGACAUUGUUCAGUGGGCACCACUCCCACAUAUCCAGGGAACGACCACAGUCCUGGAAGGUAACUGCCAAGCAAUUAGUAGCAUUUCUUUCUCAACCGCUACCAUAGCGCCCACGAAGACUAUUACCGACUAUACCGAGGUCGACCCUAUGGGGCGAAGCUCCAUGUAUAACGAGGCAGUGGUGAUCACCACUCACGAUGGUGGCGGCUUUGGACUCGGUCCAGGUACGAUAACAGUGGGCAUUGGAGAGCCUACGGAGGCUUAUGAACCACCUAUGAGCUCUACUCUCGCAAAUUCGGCCGUUGAGCUCACCCCCGCGAAGACCAUCGAGGGCACAACGGCAACCAUCGCCGCCCAGCCGACAAUCAUCAGCACACAUGCACCAGACGGGGUUUGCAAAUAUGUCAAUGGCGGAGCCUUUUUUAUCUACAUCAUUUGGGAUGUUUUUGAUUGGACUUCUGACGAAAAAGAUUUCCCAAGUCUGGCCUCCGCCUUUCACGACAAAAUUAAUUCGAAAGGUUGCGCUGUCACUAAUUUCCAGUGGAAAGAAUUUGUCGACGGAUACGGUCCCUCGUUUUCAUUCAAUACCCCAGAUGGAGGGUGGAAGGGUUCAAACCCAUGUGUCGAAGACGCCAUAAGAGACCUUGGUGGCCCAGAUACAUUGUGCGACACAGGUGACUAUAAUGGAAUUCAUUGGUGGAAGGAACACGACAGUAUCGCGGGCCUGCUGGCCCACGGGGGUUCGGAUCCUGAUCCUUUUACCGCCUAUGAAGCUCAGGUUACCGAUGCUUGA